AUGACUAAAACAUCUGUAUUUGUUAAGGUCAUUGACAAUUAAUCCAUUGUUGUGUGUUGUUUAUUGUAACUUGGAACUUUUCUUUGCGAUUUCAUUGUGAUCGCUUCGCGUUUCUAACCAUCUAGUGCAUCGUACAACAUGAGCUUCCUGUUUGGAAGUCGUUCCUCCAAAACCUUCAAACCAAAGAAGAAUAUCCCUGAAGGCACUCAUCAAUAUGAGCUAAUGAAACAUGCUGCUGCAACUCUGGGAUCUGGAAACCUACGAUUGGCUGUUAUGCUACCAGAAGGCGAGGAUCUCAACGAAUGGGUGGCCGUAAACACUGUAGAUUUUUUUAACCAAAUAAAUAUGCUUUAUGGCACCAUAACAGAGUUCUGUACAGAAGACAGUUGCUCUAUAAUGUCAGCUGGACCUAAAUAUGAAUACCAUUGGGCUGAUGGACAUACAGUGAAAAAACCAAUUAAAUGUUCAGCCCCCAAAUAUAUAGAUUACUUAAUGACUUGGGUGCAAGAUCAACUGGAUGAUGAAAUGCUGUUUCCAUCAAAAAUAGGCGUGCCUUUUCCCAAAAACUUCCUGACGAUCGCAAAGACCAUCCUCAAACGAUUGUUUCGUGUUUAUGCCCACAUCUAUCAUCAACAUUUCAGCGAGGUUGUGCAACUUGGGGAGGAAGCCCAUCUUAACACAUCCUUCAAACAUUUUAUCUUCUUUGUACAAGAAUUUAGCCUGAUUGAGAGACGAGAACUGGCUCCACUUCAAGAGCUGAUCGAUAAAUUAACGGCGAAGGAUGCGCGAUAAGGUACCUCUUCCAGGACAACAAUUAGAACGCCCGUGUACUUGCAUUUAAUCCCCAGCCUCUAUCCGUGCGCUUCUAGUAUCUCUUAUCUAUUGGGUACAUUGGCUGCUACUUUUUCGUUUAUUUUUGCACUGCGGCAAUUUUAAUUUUGAUUUUAACAUUGUGUUGUUGAAAACUGUGGCAAGUGAUAUGUCGAUCGGUGAUGCCGAUCAAAAGACAAACCAGUCCUCCUUCCAUUCUUUAGCGAUUGUUUUGAUAAACCCCUUCAGUAACGAGAAGACUAAUGUGUGGAACCAACUCAGACAAACAGACAGAUAAUAGGUAUAACAGUAGUGAUUAUUAUAAAUGGAAGUUGUAAGGUUUGUUUGUGUUAUGAGUAUUAUUUAUUGUUUUUUUAUAAAUUGCUUUGUCUACAUUGAUAGCGAUUACAGGGUUCCUUUUAUAACAUUUUCAAUUGUAUACUAAUGGUAUGCACAUAUCUUUAAUGUUGUAUAUAUUGAUAAAUCGGACUGUUUACUUCUAGUUAGUGCAAUAUCCUCUUCCAAAAUAUUAAAUGAAACACUAUCACAAAUUGAAGUGAUUGUUAACAUUGAUUUUUGUAGUUCAUGAACAAAUUAAGUUUAGGCAUGCUUUUUUUGUACACCAUUAAAAAAUAGUUUAAGAAUUAUAUAUUUAAAAUAUACUUACACGGAUGUGUUUAGAAAGCAUAUUUUUCGACACAUGAGAUAUACACAAUUAUAUUGUCGAUAGAACCUAGAUGUAGAGCAGUUUUGUUUUAUUUGUUUUGUAAGAUUAUUUUAUUACAUUUUUUGUUAUUUAAUGUAUUUAAAUGAAUGAAAUGAUUAUCCGACGGUGGACUUAACACGCAAGAUUCUGUAUAUACGAACAAUAAAUUUUUGUAGUAUAA